AUGAAAUUGUUGAUCGUCAUCCUGCUCUUGGCUGUCGUCACAGUCGUUUGCGCUCGGCCCUUCGAGGAGAUUAUCGAAAAGGAGAUUAUUCGCGGAGGACCCCGAAGUGGUGGUGGUUUUGGAGGUCGAGGGUUUAAUGGCGGUGGCUUCAACAACGGCUUCGGAGGUCGCGGCCUCAAUGGAGGCGGUGGCUUCAACAACGGAUUCGGACGCAAA